UUGUUCAAAACAAUAAUGACUCAAUUUAGUAAUUACCAAAAAAGAAGGCUUUAAAACAAUAAUACAACCCAUAUUUUUUUAAAUUAAAUGUUUAAGUAUUAAAAAUGUUAAAAUACAUGAUUAUUGUGCUUUGUCCUUUAAGUUUUUUAAAAGCGGAUUAUCAAAUACUACAGUCAAAUUUAAUAUUACAAUACAAUGGAAACAAUAAUUUUUCAACUAAUCCAGAAAAAUGUUAUGAAAUAUUGCAAGAUUUUUCCGAACAGGCUUCAAAUUUUACCUGGUGUUCGAUUUUAAAUUCAAAACCGAUUACCCUAUGCGAAAGGUGUGUCGAGAAAUAUGUGACAUUUCGUGAUAAAUACCAAGAAUUAGUUAACACUACAGUAAAUGGGACUUCCUGUAGAUCUAUAUUUAUUUCACAAGACAGAUUAAAUGCAGUUCAGGAAUAUCAUGACAAUAUUCUAUCUAUAUGGAAUAAAGGAAACUGUAAUGGAUGCUUUGAUUGGACUAAGGGAAAGCCAGCGCUCACAAAUGAUACAAUACAUUUCUAUAAAAUGUGUAAUGAUACUUUGGAUUGUAUUGUAAAAAAUAUGAAUUCUGAUAAUACUGAAGUUUGCAAUAGAUGUAUGCAGUCUUAUAUGCAAUUAGAUAAUUUCUACAAAACUUUAAGUUCCGAUUCAAUUGGUGUUGAUAGUGUUUGUAUGGAUAUUGUUGAUUCUAUGAAUGCAACAAGAUAUAUUUGGAGCAAAAGUCUUAACUGCUGCAAAUUGAGGAAAAAACCAGAAAUAGUAUUUUUGUGUUGUGCAGGAAUCAUAGCUUUCUUGCCAUUAAUAUACUAUUUGGCAGUGCGCUUUUGUGGACCAAUCAGAGAUUUACCUAAUGUGCUUAAGCAAUCAAGAUUCAAACAAACUAUUUUGAGGUCAAUAAAUGGAAGAAAUGACUAGGUUUUAAUAUGUUUAUAUACAAUAAAGGAAAUAAGUAAAAUAUGAAAUGUUA